AUGGGUGGACACAAGAGGAAAUCUUCUGAUCGAGACAAAGAUUAUGAAAAAAAGCGACUGCGUGAAAUGGAAAAGAAGCUGGAAAAACGCGAACAGAGGAUAAACAACGACAAGGAGAAUGACAAUGGCGGUGCUCAGAAUGGAAAGUUAGAGACUCCAGGGAGCACUGUGAACGCCACACCGAAAAAUCCGGAGGAGAGAGAAACUCCAGUUAUAGAUUUAUCAAAUGAAAAUGAAACUGGGGAAACAUCACAAGAAACACAAUCAGCCAGUGGGGUUACAGAAACUUUAGACCUGGACCCAGAGAUCCUAAAAAUCAUCGGAGAAACUCCAGCGUCUGAGCCAGAAGGCUUAAAACUAUCAAGUCAUAUUUCUAAUCGCUGGAAAAUGUGGCUCAAAACGGGACAAACUAAAGAAACUAAAGAGCUUCUACUCAAAAAAUACCCCAGAAAAGGUGAAUGUUCUUUAGAGGCCCCGAAGUUAAACCCUGAAAUUGCUGCAUCACUAAAUGAUGGGUCUCUUAAGAGAGAUAAAUACUUCUCAAACACCCAAAACUUAGCUGGCUCUGCAUUAUCAGCAUUAAGUUUGGUCAUCGAUCCCUUACUCACAAAGAAACGAGAAGAAAUUGACAUAAAAAAGAUGUUAGAAAAUUUAUGGGAAUCUUCACAAAUUUUAAUUGAGUUGUACCGAGGACAGACUAUAGCCAGAAAAGCUUGUAUUCUGCCUAGUCUAAACAAACAAACGGCUGCACUAUUGGGGAAGACUGAGACUGGUGAGCUGUUAUUUGGAGACAAGUUGGGGGAAAAGAUUAAGGAAUCUAAGGUUAUUGAUAAAAUAGGGACAGAUAUAAAAUCCCAACAGUCUUCUAAGAAACCUGGAGCUCCAACGAGCCAUUUAAAUGUGAAGAGCCCGUCUGUUCCACGAUACCAAGCUCAGGCGGGCACAAAACCAAAACCAUCCAAGCCGAGUUACAAUCAGAAAUAUUCCAGCCAAUCGAAAGGUCCACAGAGUCACCACCGGGGUCAGAACAGCAAGAAUCGGAGCCGAUAUUAAUCAACGAAUCUCAGCGACCAACGGUCCCAUCCCAUGGCGGCGACACUUACCCUGGCGGCCGUCAGAUUAUCAGGGAAGCGUUCUCAAGAAAAAAUCUACCAGAAUCAUCAUUAGAAAUUCUGACAGCGUCUCUAGCAGAGUCUACUAUUAAACAAUACAAUAGUGCGUUAAAGGACUGGUGGAUGUUUUCAGUAGCAAAAGAACGGGACCCAUUUGUCGUU